AUGAAAAUAAAGCAUUUCGAAGCCAAAACUGCUUUCUUAAACGGAUCAUUACAAGAGACAAUUUUUAUGCAACAACCAGAAGGUUACGUCAUUUCCGGCAAAGAAGAUAGUGUCUACAUACUCAAAAAAGGAAUCUAUGGAUUAAACAAGCAGCUAAGACCAGAUAUAGCAUCAAGUUUAAGCCAGCACAACAUACAGCCAUCGACUGCAGACUGGACGGAGGUGAAGAGAGUGUUUCGCUAUCUGAAAGGGGCAAAAGAUUAUGAACUUAGAUUAGGAGAAAAGAAUAAUAAAACUGGACUCAUUGGUUUUGCGAAUGCCGAUUGGGCUGAGGACGGAAAGGAUAGAAAAUCAAAUAGUGGUUAUCUAUUCAAACUUAAUGGAUCUUCAAUAAGUUGGGGCUGUCGAUAA